AUGCUUGAAUCGUUGCAUCAUAAGAUUUCAUUUAAAGACAAUUUAGCAUCAAUCAGUCAGAAUGUGAGACUUGGUGGCAUUGUAACUACAAACCUGAUUUUGUUUGUUUACUACUCAGCUGUAAAAUUGUUCUUAACGUCAUUUAUAUAUUUUGUCAUGACGAUACUUGCUUGCUUGAUCAAUAUCCUCAACUAUUUACAAACAACACUUCUCCUGAUGACUAAAACCGGUUUUGCUUUGUUCCAUUUCUUGACUGCUUUGAGGUAA